UUAAAAAGUUUUGGGUAUAUGAUAAUUAACAUAAGGGAAUGUAUUUGAAAAGUUUCAUUUAUAAAUACCAUUUAUAAUGUUAAUAAAUAUUCUAUAGAUAUUUUACAGAAUGAAAUAGUAAUCGAAAGCAAUGAACGUACAAAAAAUGAUGCCGAUUACAUCUAAAGAUUCAGAAGUAAAAGAUGGUGAUGGUAGAGGUACAAUCAAAGUUAUAGACCGCCCAACAUUUAUACUGAAAACUAGAGAGGGUGAAAACAGAGCUGUGUCUCCAAAUCAACGUAAUGGUGGUAACAAAAAGGAAGGUGAUGGAUCUACCACUGUUCCAUCAAAGAUACAAGAUCCGGUUCGUACUAUAUUAUCCACAUGUCUUGAAAUGACAAGCUGUGUAAAAUUCAUGGAUGAAAAUAUGCAACUCUGUGAAAGUCCAUUUGAAUUUCUGUGUGAUCAGCAGGAUUUCUUGGUUGUUGGAUGUUUAGGAGCUCAAGGUGUUGGAAAAUCAACUAUAAUGUCUCUUUUAACAUCUAAUUCUAUAUCUGGUAUAUUUCCAACACAAGAUACAUCGCAUCAUGAAAGUGGUGCAAAUUGCACUACUGGUAUUGACUUUUAUGUAACAAAAAAUCGAGUGAUAUAUUUAGAUACACAACCUAUAUUAUCUGAAUCCACAAUAGAUUAUUCCAUAUCUUAUGACCAGAAAAAGUCUGCAACAGACUUCAUAAAUACAGAAACUAAUUUAGAGCUACAGUCUUUACAGUUUGCAGCAUUUCUCUUUUCAGUUUGUCAUGUUAUUAUUUUUGUACAAGAUUGGUUCGUUGACCCAAAUUUAGUUAGAUUUUUACAAACUGCGGAGAUGUUAAAACCAGCCUCAACUAGCAAUAUGGAUCAGGAUUAUGUUGAGUAUUAUCCACACAUUGUGUUUUUACACAAUAAAGCUGAAUUGCAAGAUUUUACUCCUCAUAGUAUGGAAAAAGUAAAGGAAUUUUAUAGCAAAUUAUUCUCCAGUUCUAGAUUACAAACUCAUAGUGGUUUGGAUAUGAGUAAUUACUCCAUGGAAGCAGGAUUAAAUUUGUUUUUUAUACCCCGCAUUAUAAAUGAAGAAGAAUUUACGAUGCGUCAAAAUGAAAAAAAGCUAAUAGAAAAGCUAAAGACAAAAAUACAUGGUGUUAACAGAAAUUCAAUGACUCCCUCUACUUUAACAGAAAAAAACUGGUAUCAUUAUGUAUCAAGAGUGAUGGAAGCAAUUAAGAAAAGUCAUCUUUCUUCUGAAUAUGGUAGAUUAAUGCCAUAAUUUUUAGUUUAUAUAUAU